GCAAUUAAGAGAAGUAAUAGUCGAAAGAAAAUGGAUUGGUCACUCAAGGAUCAUUUCGCAUUCAACAGCUUGAAACGUUUGAUUUUAGCUCUUGCUAUUCUUAUUCUCCAGUGCCAUUGCGAUUUAUUAGUUGCUGCUGAAGACACCCUCUCUUUAGGGUCUUCUCUGAGGAAAAAUCAGACCAUCAUUUCAAAAAAUGGCACUUUUGAAUUGGGAUUUUUUUGUCCCAAUGGAACCACCAACUGGUAUGUCGGCAUCUGGUAUGCCCAUAUCUCUGUCAAGACCAUAGUUUGGGUGGCUAACAGAGAAACUCCCGUCACAAACAUGCCCGGCGUUGUGACGCUCUCUACAUCUGGUUAUCUCACUGUCUCUGAUUUGCAAGGAAAAGUUAUUUGGUCGAGUAAUGAUACUCAGCAAGCUAAGGCAUCCAGGGCGUCAAUACUGGACACUGGUAAUUUUGUUCUUUUGGGUGUCCAAAACACUUCCGAGAUUGUGUGGGAGAGCUUCGCAUAUCCCACAGAUCAUUUUUUACCUAAGAUGAAGUUUUGGAAAGGCUUGAAGCUAAACGCUUGGAAGAGUUCGGUGGAUCCAGCACCUGGGCCCUUCUUUCUCCAGAUGAAUCCAUCCCCAGGAAAGAAAGACUUUUUGCUGCAGUAUAAAAAUGGUGUUUCAUAUUACAGCUCGGGAGACUGGACUGGCAAAUAUUACUCCACCAUGCCGCAGGCAGUAUCUGAUACCUCAUUUGAGCAGGAAUUGGUAGAAUUUUCUCCGACAAGACUCUACUACACAUAUGAUCUUACACCCAAAGUUCGUUCAAAGACCAUGGUGAGGGAAAUUCUCCGCAGUAACGGCGAGCUAACGGUCUACUAUUUGAUUAAUAAUAAUUGGAACCUGGUUUAUUAUACGCCCGUCUCAGAUUGCGCUGUUUAUGGUCUAUGCGGAGCUUAUGGAGUGUGUUUCAAGCAACAGAACAAUCAGUCAUGCAGCUGUAUGGAAGGCUUCCACCCAAGAGACGCUACUGCCUGGAGUUCUCAAGAAUGGUGGUCAGGCGGUUGUGUUCGGCGUACUCCAUUAAACUGCACCGCCAUCAAUGGCAGUGGGAGUAAUACAACAGAUGGUUUCCUCCAAAUCAGUAAUUAUGACUUGUCUGAUAAAGAAGCUGUUCAAUAUACCCAAGAGUCGACUCUACAAGGAUGCAAAACUGCUUGUCUCGACGAUUGCUCCUGCAUGGCGUUUGUUUUUACUAAUUCUAAUUGCAAAUUGUGGCUUGGUGAUCUGUUAGGUAUGCAGGCUACUUCAUCUGGCCGCCAGACCUUUUUCAUUCGAUUGGCUGCUUCUGAUGUGCCACGGUCGUCAGCCAAGGUAGGAGGAAAGAGCAGAGUAGUUGCACUCUCCAUAUCAAUUCCUUUGGGCGUUGCUGUUUUGGGUACUCUGUUUGCUCUGUUUGUUCAGCAGGGGCGUCGAAGACUGCUCAAGAAAUACAUGGGGGAGGGCAUGCCAUCGUCGCUCAGAAGAUUCAGCUACAAACAGAUCAAAAUUGCGACCAACAAUUUCAACCAUGUGCUGGGAACGGGAGUUUUUAGCUCUGUCUUCAAAGGAACUCUCCCAGACAAUACUCUUGUGGCUGUAAAAGAUUUAGAGGAUUGCCUACAAGCAGAAAAGCAAUUCCGUGCAGAAAUAAGCGCCAUAGGAAACAAACAGCAUACGAAUUUGAUACGGCUCCGGGGAUUCUGCGCAGAGGGAUCUCGGAGGAUAUUGGUCUAUGAGUACAUGCAAAAUGGGUCUCUUGAUUCUUUCCUGUGCAAUAAAUCUCACAGACUAGACAAUGUCUUGGACUGGCAGACCAGAUUUAAAAUCGCUUUAGGAACUGCGAGAGGAUUGGUAUAUCUCCAUGAAGAAUGUAGAGAUUGCAUCAUCCAUUGCGAUAUCAAGCCAGAAAAUAUUCUGCUAGAUGCGGAUUUCUCUCCAAAAGUGGCUGAUUUUGGGCUGGCAAAGCUUUUUGGUAGAGAUUUGAGCAGAGUGGUGACGACAAUAAGAGGAACAAAAGGGUAUUUGGCUCCCGAGUGGAUGACUGGGCUCCCAAUCACAGUUAAGUUAGAUGUAUACAGUUUCGGCAUGACACUGCUCGAAAUCAUUUCAGGGCGAAGAAAUGUGGACUUGAGGUGGGCUGCAUCUCAAAUUCAGAAGGGAAACACCAUUGGUGUUGUGGAUGAAAGGAUUGCAGACAAGGCAGAUGUUGAAGAGGUGAGAAGAGCAGCUGUGGUAAGCAUUCUGUGCAUUCAAGAGGAUGAGAAUGGGAGACCAAGCAUGGCCCAAGUUGUUGUGAUGCUCCAAGGAAAGUUAGAGGCUUCUGUAGAACAAAUUGAGACGUCGCUGCAGGUGCUCAUGAACGAGCAAAAUAUUAGAUGAAAGGAAUCUCGGGAAAACAGAGGCUACUGUAGAAUUGUUGACCUUUAUCCCAAACCAUUAACCCUAUGUAAUCACCUGCAACUAAAUAUGUGAGAGUAAUGUAAAGUGGGGACCGGGUCUCAUGUGAAGACCCGGCAUUACAAAUUGUUUAGAUUUGAUUGCCAUAUAAAAUAAGUUAAGUCGUUAUCGGGUGUGGUUCUCCACUCCUUUCUAUAAAACGAUGUCAGAUUUUAAGGAUUGGUCGAACUUCUUUUUAUAAUGAAAGGUGAAGAUGAACCAAAGAAAGUCGGUGUGGAUGUCAAAUAUCCACCGAAUUUGUAAUGAAAU